AAGACUCUUCCAAGAAAAAUAUAGGACCAAGAUACAUUUUGAGAUUACCCUCUAGUACUAAAUAAAUAAAAUGAAAUAAUAUUGCAUUAAAUAUAAUAAUUUAUCGCUACAUUUAUGUAUACUUCAUCUAAUAAGGAAAGAAAAGACAAAUCCAUAUUGGUGAAGCUGGCCUUCAUCUACUGAAGUGUGUCCUUUUAUCGGAUGUGAUCACAUUCAUCCAUAUCUCUACCCAUCGUUCCCUCGCAUUUGGAACAACACCUGGCGAUGUGCGCACGACAUGGGAACGGAGGAGAGAGCGCCUCGUCCCUCUCAUUUUCAGCCAAUUCAAAUAAAACACAUUUUCCCGGGCAAUUCAAAUGGAUUGUGGCGGGGGCGGGAAAGUGGUGAAGGCGGAGACGGGGCCAUCUCGCCCUCCACUCCCUGACACCUCUCUCCCCUUCUCCACAUCUACCCUUCCCCUUGCGCAACAUCUUCUCAUUCUCACCCCCACUCUUCCUUCGUUUCGCACGCCCUUUUUCGUCGGUGCCUGACUUUCUGUGCGCUGCGCUGUUUCGCUGCGUAUCCUUCCAUUGCUGUGAGUGUGCUGUGAAAUGCUAGUGGCCGCGUGACCGUGAGUUUGGUGUGUUCGCGUGCGUGCCUUGUUGCACUUCUCUAUUGAAGUGGUAGGCUGUGCCGUUUCCCCCUGUUGGCUGAAGCGUACACGCGUGUGUGUGAGUGUUGUUGAGGAGUUCCGCUAUGGCUGCCGCCGACUCUGCCACCGUUGUCGAUGCUGCCCCUGCCCCCGAGGUUCCAGAGGAAAUUCCUGCGGAAGAGAUAUCCGUGAAGCCGCAGAGGGGGAGGAAGGCCAAGGCGGCUAGUGUGAAGAAAGCCGAAGCACCAAAGGAGAAGAAAGUGAAAGAGGUUAAGGCGAAAGAGCCCAAGGUUCCGAAGGUGCCCAAGGCGAAGACCCCUGCGUCGCAUCCCACGUAUCUACUGAUGGCGACGGAAGCUAUUGCUGCGCUAAAGGAGCGCACUGGCUCUAGUCAGUAUGCUAUCGCGAAGUACUUGGAAGACAAGUAUAAGACAGGUCUGCCCCCUAACUUCAAGAAGAUGCUGACCACCCAGUUGCGUAAUUUGACAAAGGCCGGGAAGCUGGUGAAAGUGAAAAAUUCGUUUAAACUGUCCGAUGAAUUGAAGAAGCCUCCGAAGGCGGCCAAGCCUGUGAGCCUACCCAAAGCCUCUGUGAAGGUCGCGCCCAAAGCUAAGGUCGUGAAGAAACCCGCGGCCAGUCGUGUGAAAUCGAAGACCGCCAGGGUAGGUGCAACUAAAACCAAGGUAUCGGGUGCGAAGGCGACGAAGGCAACAAAGCCGGAAGUUAUGGCAACGAACGCUGCGAAGCUGAAGCGACCCAUUAAAGUGAGUGGGGCUUCACCAAAGAAGGCCACGACGAAGGUAUCUGCGCCCGUGAGGAAGACAGAAACUGCGAAGAAGGCAGUCACUGCGAAGAAGGCACCCGCUGCAGUAGAGACGAAGAAGCCCGUGUCGGGAAGAAAACCUCCGACGGUUCGCAAAACGAGUACGCCGAAGAAGGCUCCGAAGUCCGUGAAGGGUCCGAGCGCGAAGGCGGUGAAACCGGUUGCGAAGUCGAAGACGGCGAAAGCGGCAGGCCCACCAGCGAAGAAGGCCAAGAAGUGAGUCGCGACUUUUGAUAACUAAACUGGUGUUUAUGAACACCACCACCUCGGAGAAAUGGUCAAUUACAUGCAGUGUAGAAGGUUUUCGUAAUGUGAAAGGGAAAUUGGGUGGGUGUAUGUCUGAUUUUAUAACGCACCGGUUCGGGCUUGUCAGUUCGUGGUGCAAUGCGAACGAGUGACUGGUGAUUGAUUCUCUGGUGGAAACUUGUGAAUCAAUCACGAACAUGCUCACGGUCUCCGAAUCUGCCAUGCUGGCUAUGCCUAUCUUUAAGGCACUUUUAUGGAUGCUUUGGCCUUACCUUCGUAAUUCUAGAAACAAGGGGCGUGCAUCAGUACCAGAAGAUACUAUGUCCGAAGCAAUUAUUGCUACGAAAAUCACUAAGGUGAGACCGAAGGAUGCAGAACGAUAAGAGAGUAUUGUUGGCCAUGAGGAACGUUGUGACUCGAAUUUGAGGUAGGUCUUCCAUCACCUCCUCUCCGCGGUACACGAAAGAGGCGAAUGUGACUUGUGAUGGUACCCUAACCUUGGUUAAAAUGGUAUUAGUGUGUCAGCUGAACAAACCAGGUCAUGCGGUAGAGAAGGUGAAAAUAUUAUCUGUUGUUGAUUUAGGAUGAUCUUGAAUAAUGUGCACAUAAAGGAGACAAAUUCACAAUUAUAAA